UCUUGUGUUUACUUCGUGAACACUCCGAUUUUUCGUCGACAGGCACCAAAGAAAGCCGAAAUAUGUGGAUCCAAGUGCGAUCUAUGGACGGCAAAACGUCCCAUUGUGUAAAGGACCUGUCUAAGCUGACAAAAAUAGAAGAACUACGUGAAAAAUUAGAAGAACUGUUUGAUGCCAGUGCCAAUCGUCAGAGGUUGUUUUACCGUGGUAAACAACUUGAGGAUGGCCACUCCUUGUAUGACUACAGUGUGGUGCAGAAUGAUAUUGUUCAGCUGCUUGUCCGGCCCGUUCCUAAACCUGUUGAGAAGGAAGAGGUGGAGCAUUGUAAGGUGAAUGGCGACGUCAGUAGUGGAGAUGAGGGCGCGUCAGAUAAAGAAAAUCAGGAGCCACUUCCUGGCAACAGUCAAGAUAGUGGAGUCGUGGAUGAUGACAGUACUUACAAGGUUGGCGAUAUAGUUGAUGUGAGAGACGACCAGAUGGGAGCUUGGUUCGAAGCAAUGAUCGUCAAAGUCGAAAAAGCCCAACUUUCUGAUGAAGACAUUCAAGAACCUGACAGUGAAAAUAUGAAAAUUGAAAACAAGCCCAAGAUUGAAAAAGAUGAGGCCAUUGAUGAAAAUUGCAACACAAAAUUGACAGAAAAUAAAGAAGUCAAGGAGACGACGUCUGCUUUGACUGAUAAACAAAACAAAGAGACAAUUGAUGUUGAAAUGAUGGAAACUACCUCAGGCAUUGGCUGUGAUGUAACCGAUGGUGUCAAGCCGAAGGUGAUGGCGACCAUCUUGGAUGAUGAAACUACUGUAAAAGACGAUGGGUAUAGAUACCAUGUUAAAUUUGAAGGCUAUGAAAACGAUGAUCCAGUGGCUGAUACUGUGAAAAGUAUUCGACCUCGAGCCAGCGUUAACAUCCCCUUUAAGGAGGUCAAGGUUGGAGACAAGGUCAUGGUCAACUAUAAUUACGAUGCGCCUAAAGCGCGUGGUUAUUGGUAUGACUGUAUUGUGACAGAGAAACGAGACACACGAACUAUCAAGGAGUUGUAUGCUACUAUUUUCCUGGGCCCGGACCUAGCACCCCUGGAGAACUGCCAGAUUUUGUACAUCGAUGAAAUAAUGGCCAUCGGCAAACCUGGUGCCCAGUUAAACAUGAGCCAAGUGGAGAGUGGAGUGGUUUCAAGUCCUACCAAGAGAACGAACAAACCCGAAUGUGACCAUUGCCAAGACAACCCUCGACGGAAAUGUAAAUUCUGCUCGUGUGCCAUCUGUGGUGGGAAGAAUGAUCCAGAGAAGCAGAUUAUGUGCGAUGAGUGUGAUGCAGCGUAUCAUAUCGGCUGUCUGACUCCACCGCUAGAGGCGAUUCCAGAUGUGGAGGAAUGGUAUUGUCCUGAAUGUAAGAAUGACGACACAGAGGUGGUCCGAGCUGGUGAGAAGUUAAAGGAGAGUAAAAAGAAGGCAAAGAUGGCGUCCGCUACCACGUCAUCUAGUCGAGAUUGGGGCAAGGGAAUGGCGUGCGUCGGACGAACAAAAAUGUGCACAAUCGUGCCACCGAAUCAUUUCGGACCGAUUCCUGGAGUGGAAGUGGGUACGGCCUGGAAAUUCAGAGUGCAGUGCAGUGAAGCUGGAGUGCACCGGCCUCACGUUGCCGGUAUCCAUGGCCGAGAAGAAGAAGGUGCUUACUCCAUAGUGCUAUCUGGAGGCUAUGAGGAUGACCACGAUAAUGGGGACAACUUCACGUACACAGGCAGCGGUGGCCGGGACUUGUCCGGCAACAAACGAACCGCAGAACAAUCAUGUGAUCAAUUGUUAACAAGAAUGAAUGCUGCUCUUGCCAAAUGCUGCAACGCCAAGUUUGACAAGAAAAAUGGUGGAGAAGCAGAGGAGUGGAAGGGCGGGAAACCGGUGCGAGUCGUCCGGAAUGUCAAAGGAAGGAAACAUUCCAAAUAUGCGCCAGUAGAUGGAAACAGAUAUGACGGCAUUUACAAGAUUACACGCUACUGGCCUGAGAAGGGCAAGUCUGGCUACUUGGUGUGGCGAUACGAACUGCGGCGGGAUGACCCAUCCCCGGCACCUUGGACAAAGGAGGGGAAGAAGCGUAUCGCCCAGUUAGGACUAACCAUGCAGUACCCUGAUGGUUAUCUUGAAGCCCAGGCUGAGAAGGAAAAGGAGAAAGACAACAAGGGAAAGGGUAAAGGCAAGAGAAAAAGGGGCGAAGACGAAGAAUCGGACAAGGAAGACAUCUCCCCGAAGAAGAAGAGUAAGGUCGCUGCCUACAAGGUCGAUGCAGAGGUUGCCAAACUGAUCAAGGAUGAUACGGAGAAUAAGAAACUCUGGGAUGAUGCGAUGACUCAUGUCAAGGAAGGCGCCCAGAAAUUCCUGGCGAAUGUUGAAGAGAUCUUCCUCUGUAUUUGCUGUCAGGAUAUCGUCUUCAAGCCAGUUACGGUCAAAUGCUCUCACAAUAUCUGCAAGCAAUGCUUGUCCCGAUCAUUCAAGGCAGAAGUCUACUCAUGCCCCGCAUGCCGUGAAGAACUGGGAAAGGAUUACAGUUUGGCUACAAACGCGACCCUUGGCAAAAUCCUAAACAGACUAUUCCCUGGCUAUGAGAACGGACGAUGAGUGAAGAAAAUGGGGCUUUUCAACUCAAUGGGCAGUUGGAAAAAUUUGUUUAAACUUUUAACAGAACCAGGUGCAUUUAAUUUCUAUUGGACUUCAGUCCAGAUUGUGCUUUUAAUGGGAUGAAUUCUGGCUUAGAUACUGUAACUCCCUACAUGUUGUUGAUGUAGCUCUCCAUAAUGUUUAUGAGCUACAUGUAUUGAUAUCCUGUGAAGUCAUCAUGUUUUAUGUCAAGCCUGCUGAGCAGCCUCUAUGUUGUAAAUAUGUGUAGUUUGCACUGACAUCGUCACAUGAUGCAUUGUUUGAGAUUAUCAAAUUGUACAUAAUGGCUUACGUGUGGCCUACAUGGAUUAUAUAUCAUUCCCAAUCCAGUUUUCAUGAUUCUAUCAAAAUCUAGUGGCUUAAGUUAGCAGGUUUCGGGACACUGUGUAACAUGUCCUUUCAAUGUAAUUAUCACACCAUGCAUGGAUUUUAGUCUGGUUAUGGUUAUAUUUGUGAAGUCAAUUUGAAGAGAUAUUUUAAGUCUGUUGGGCUGAGCUUUUUGGCAGACUAGGUGGACUGGAGAUACUUAAAAACAAUCGUGGAAAGUAGGGUAAUGUUACAACAAUAUAUCGUGUUUCUUUAUUUUACUCGAAUAUACUCUUACAUGUAUAAUCUUCAUGAUAGCAGUUAGGCCCAUCUGUAUAUUGUGCGAUAUGAAGCAUUUCAGAUUAAGAAAUAUAUGCAUUUAGAAAUAUCAAUGAGGAGAAAUCCAAAGUGAAAUCUCAUCCCAAAGACACUGCCAAUAUUUCAUGUAUUGGAACUCCCUCUCAACCCAUGAGAGACACUGUUUAUAUUAGAACUUAUCAUAUUCUUUCAUUUAUCAACACUCAUUUUUUAUUGCAUUUUCAUGUAAAGUUCACAAAUGAAUUUUGUACAUAUUUGUCCGACAUCUUUUAAAAGUUGCAUCCAA